UCACUAAAUUAAGUGCGUUCAUGCACGCGAUUCUUUAUUUGUCUUGACAGCUUUGUAGCAACCCUGUGUUAUUUUUUAUUUAACCAAAAGAGAUCGCGAAUGUGAUUAAUUGCGUAUAUUUUUAUAUUCUGAGUUGUUUGUGGUAAUUUUUUAGAUUUUAGAUGAGUGAUCAAAAGAGAAAGCUUCUGGAAAUAUUAGCCUUUAAAAAGCAGUUAAACGCAUUGCCAAUAUUUCAAAAUGCAUCCACCAGCAGAAAGUAUUUGCAUCUAUUGCAGAAGCGGCGUUCUACUAUUAUUAAAAAGAUGUUUUUGUUGAGGAAACAAUAUUUUUUGUUGUUGUCGUCUGCUCAAUACCUCUCUAAGCAAUCCCGAUUAUAUUGGACAAAAGAACGUUCCCAAACGUUUUGGGAAGUAGACUGUCAAGUGAAUGGUGACGUGUUCUUUAAGAGCAAUUUUAGUAUGAAGAAAAGUACGUUCCUUGAGCUGUGUGGAUAUUUAAGAGUGUUGGAAAAAGAGGAUACCCCUUUACGUAAGGCUAUCACUUUACACAAACGGGUAGCCAUUGCUUUGUAUGCAUUGGGAUCAUCGGCAGAAUAUCGCACCAUAGGAAACACGUUUGGAGUUGGAAAGUCCACUGUAUGUGGAAUAGUUAAGGAGUUUUGUAUUCAGACUUGGAAGGUUUUAAGUCCAACUUUCAUGCCAACUUUUCCAUUGACGAGACAAAAAAUUGCCGAAUUAGUCCAGGGAUUCGAAAUUAUUGGCUUUCCUCAGUGCAUGGGAGCAAUUGACGGUUGUCAUAUUGAGAUUCAUCCUCCUAGACAAGAUGCCACGGACUAUCAUAAUUACAAAGGGUG